AUGCUGAAGCUUGUCAGAAAUACCCUUGCAGAGUGGGGGAUAUUAAUCGACAAAUAUGGUGGAAAGAUUCAAUGGGAAUAUGUGAUACAAUUACAAAAGUUGCAAGAUGAAGAAGGCCUCAGGCUUGGAAAUAAACUGAAGAAAGCACAUAUUAAUUGGAAACAACAAAAGAUGAAAGUGAAUUUGGCUGCACAGUCUCUUAGUGCAAGCGUGGCAGAUGCCAUAGAAUUUUGUGCCAAUACAUUAAAGAUACCAGAAUUUCAGGGAUCUGAAGCAACAGUUACAUUUAUCCGAAAUUUCAAUCAACUGUUUGACAUUCUUAACUCAAGAAACCCACUUGCCAAAGGCUAUAAAGCCCCAAUGAGUUUAACCAACAAGACCACAUGGGAUCCAUUCCUUACUGAUGUGUAUGAAUACAUACUCGGACUGAAAAACACUUCUGGUCAACUAAUGUGUAAGACAAAGCGGAAGACUGGAUUUGUGGGAUUUCUAGCCAGCAUCAAGAGCAUGAAGCAGAUGUUUCAUGACUUGGUCGAAUCGGAACAUGCCCCACUGAAGUAUAUACUUACUUACAAAAUGAGUCAAGAUCAUUUAGAGUUGUUUUUCGGUGCAAUUCGUGCUUGUGGUGGGUUCAACAACAAUCCCACCACACAACAGUUUACUGCAGCUUACAAGCGCUUGUUGCUACGAAGCCACAUUGAAGGAGAAAACGGUAACUGUGAGAAACGAGACCCAAUAGACAUUCUUAGUGCCAUUCACCAGUGA